GCAUAUCUGAUUGUAACCGUAAACUAGCAAUACAAAUGCCACAUCAGUACACAAAAAGUAGAAAGAGGUUUGAAUGUUAGAGCUUAGAGUUUAUAGCUGAACAACAAGUAUUAAUGGUGACAUUAUGUAGAGUUAGCUAGCUUCACCUUUCAAGAUUAUUAAUUAAAGGGUAUGCAGUAAUCCUUUAGCUAUAGAUACAUCUGGAGGUCCUGACAAUAAUAUUUAACAAGAUUUACAUUUUAGAGGGGAUCAGAAGUUUAUAAACAUCUGGAAAACAAUAGUGAAGUAAGAAAUUGCCCAUUAGUUACAUGAAGAAUAUGCUAAAUAGAUGUCAGAAAUAAGCAGCGAUAUCAUAAUAUUUUAAAAGAUAAUUUGAU